AUGGACUCCGUUGCCAGUGCGGCGAGCGCGGUGGUGCGGCAGUCGACGCUGGCAAUUGGUGCAGCAGCCGACGAGCUGGCGCGCCAGGCCAAUGCUGUAGUCCAAGCGACCGCCGAGUCUGAUCCCAUAUCUUGGAUGGCAGGGGAAGAGGAUGAGCUGCCGGGCCCCUCUGACCUGGUGCCACCGGCCCCCAUAGCCACACCCCUUGCUGCGCUGACAUCCUGGGGUGCCUGGGGUCUCGAUGACACGCCGACCUGGCACCGCCCUUUUGCAGUGGAGCCGGACAUCAACUCGAAGCUUUUCCUCUGGCAAGGCGACAUGUGCAGCCUGGAGGUCGAUGCUUUGCUGGCACCCGUGGCGGCAGGUUACAUGCCGGGUUGCAGCACUGUCUUCGGCCGUGUGCUGCAUUUCGGUGGCAGGGACCUCCUGGGAAACUCCUACGACCUUCGUGAAGAGCUCCGCCACAUGGAGGGGUGCCGGAGUGGGGAGGCUCGAAGCUGCAAGGCGUACAAUUUGCCAUGCCAGCGCCUUCUCCUCACUGUCGGGCCGAAGUACAAGGACAAGUACCUUGUGGCCGCCCAGAACACGCUGAAUGCCUGCUACCGUGAGUCCAUGCAGCUCCUUGUGGAAUCUGGUCACAGAACCGUGGCGGUUCCGUGCUAUUGGUAUAGCCAAGGGUACCCAAUGGAGGAACAGGCUCAUGUUGGCCUGAGGACUCUUCGCAGGUGCUUGGAGAAGCUGCGUGCCUCAGUGGACAGUGCCGUUUUGGUGGCUGGAACAGCUGGCGAGCUGGAGUUGUACGAAAGUCUCUUGCCGUUGUAUUUUCCGCGAAAUGAGUUCGAGGCGAGGCAUGCAGCAGCCGUGCUUCCUGACAGCUGCUGGAAUGAAUGGGGCGAGGUAAGCAUGGAAGAGCGACGUAUUCGAGUCUCGAACCAUGUCAUCUCAGACCGGCAAGACGAUGUGGAGGAUAGUGAUCUCGUCUUCGGCGACGAGGAUCGGUCCUUCCUGCAUGCUCGCGAAGAUGCCGAUUUUGCGGCGAUGCAGCGUCUGGAGGGAACUAUGAUCAAUGCGGAAACAGUCGAAGAAGCAAGGCACAUUUGCUUCCGCUAUCUGCGGAGAGCCAGGGAAAUCCCAGCUGAAAGUGAGCCGAAGCGCUUCGUCUACAAUGGCGGCCCAGACCACUUUGGCCGCCACGUCGUCGUUCUCCUGGGAGCACGCCUCCCACCUCUUGGGGUUCUCGAUGAGAGAACUGUGCCGCUUUUUGUCAAAGAGCUGGAGGCUGUUCAAACUGAUCGGUUCAUCCUCCUUUACGUGAACAGCGAGGUGGAUGGAAUGGACACAACCGUGCUAGAGGUCUUGCAGGAGAUGCUCGCCGUUAUCAACGCUAAGUACCGAAGAUCGAUGGCACAGCUCUUGGUGUUGCAUCCUGGGCUCUGGUUCAGGGCUGCUUUUGCCCUUGGCCGUGCAGUAAGUGACGAAGCCGCCAGCGUUUGGCACGACAGCCUUUAUUUGGAGUGUGUAGCUGAUCUUGCAUCCGUGCUUAGCCUCGACCAGCUGUAUUUGCCCGAGUUUGUUCGGUGGAGUGAGCAGCAGAUCAUGAUCGGACUGGACUUCCGAACUGAAGAUGGACGUCUGCUGGUAAAGGUGGAGAGCUUCUUGGAACGCUUCGAGAGCUCCCUGGAAUGCAUCACCUUUCGCUUGAAGAAGCCUCCAAUGGCAAUUAGACCACGUAUGACUGCUUCUGACUGCUCACUAGACUACUUGAUUCCAGGCUAUGCCCUGCAGCGCUCCAUGGGUCAGCAGCUCUACGAGUAUGCGUUCCCGUGUACUUUUCUGGUUCCUUUCCUCGCCGAGCCACUGGCCGUGAUCUUCUCAUUCUCACGGCUCUUCAUGCUGCUGGUGAGGAGUCACCCAGAGCUCAAGUCCUGGGAGAGCAGGGGCUGGCUGGCGGCCCUGGACUUGGAACUCGGUCGCUAUGCGGACUGCUUGGUGAACGUAUUCCUGGCUGUCCUGGUGUUUUUCUUUCCUGGUGGCUAUACGCACUGGGUGUUUGCACUUCUGGCCGGAAGCCAUGCUUACAUAUAUGCUUACGACCAUUACAGGGUCCUGCGUGUGGUGCCACGCAUUGUUUUCCAAUCCAUGAAUGUGGACUUCUGCGCGCAGGUUCUUCUGGCACCAGCUUGUGGCAUUCUGCUUGUCUGCUUGAUCUUCAAAGGCAACUGCACCAAGGCUGUCCAUACAAUGGUCCUUUGGUUUUUAGUGCCGUGUAUCGUUUUGCGAAGUGACAACGAGAAGAUCUACCGGACAGAUGCUAAGCUUCCUGGCUGUCACGGAGUCACGGAGACCUUCAAGGAGGUGGCGGCAGAAGAGCCAUGCAGCUGGUUCACGGCAAACCCUAUACACUGCUUGCGGUCUUGGCUGAUAUACAAACACGACCCUCCUUGCAGCUUCUACGUUCCUGGGAUGGAGCACACCAUGCAGGUGAAUGAGAACAUCGGCUGCUACUUUACUGAGACGGACGAGACCGUGGAAGACGUACAGAGCUACUUGCGCUUGCCGUCACUGCAUGACUUGAAGCAUGCCCUGGCAGAUGCUGAUGAUGAUGACACCAAAGGUGACACAGGAGCUACAGGGUGA